UGUAGUGUGUGGGCGGGGCUAGAUGCAGCAAGGAAGUGGUGCUUGUUUUCAUGAAGGUGCGGUGUGUGCAGUGGAUGCUGCAGGGCUCGUCGUGUGCCGCGCACUGGGCGGCUGGCAUUGCACGUCGACCACCACUGCCUCCCUUCUUGCUCAGCCUUCCUCUUUCACCCAGUUCUGUGUUCUCCACGGAUAACUCUGAUUCCCACACUGAGCAGUAAUGUGACUGACGCUGACAUUGCUGUAUACGAGGAUUAGCUCUGCCAUCUUCUAUGAAGAACACAUAUCCUUCCAAGCAUGGUCUGCCCGCUGGGCAUCUAUACAACCUGCUGCCUACGUGCGAUGCUACACGUAGCUACAUCCAGCAGAGCCUGUUACACGUCUGAUACAUACCCUUACUAAUAACUGCAUAUCUCAGGCCUCUGUUGGGAGGACUCCCCAUACUUCACCAUGUCCCACGGAGUCUCCCCCCCUCUCCUUCUGUGGGUGGAAGAUAUGUGUUUAGUCAUGUUCCUGCGGACCCGUCGGCUGAUUCUUCAGACUGGGAUUUUAUUUUGUGUCCUCCUUCUGCUCCUCUGGGUGUCAGUCUUCCUAUACGGCAGCUUUUACUACUCCUAUAUGCCGACUGUCAAGUAUUCCACCCCAGUGCAUUACCAGUACAGCUCCACGUGUGACCCAUCACCUGGAAUCCUGUGCUCCUUUCCCACAGCUAAUGUAUCACUGCUGAGAAAUAACCGUGACCGGGUACUUAGGUAUGGGCAGCCGUAUCGUAUAACCCUAGAGCUUUAUGUACCUGAGUCUACAGUCAAUCAAGACCUUGGGAUGUUCAUGGUUUCAAUGUCGUUUUACACCAAAGGGGGAAAGGAGAUUUUUUACACUGCUCGAUCUGCAAUGCUGCACUACAAGUCCCCUCUUCUGAAAACAUUAGAGACUCUGGCCACAUUCCCUUUGUUGCUGAUGGGGUUUUCUGAGCAGAAGCAAACUCUUGAAGUUGAGCUGCACUCUGAAUAUCGUGAAGAUUCGGUUAGUAUAUAUGUCCCAACCACUGGGGCAGUGAUACAAGUGCAGAGUGUCCACAUACAAAUAUACAGUGCUGAGCUCCGGGUCCAUGCACAUUUUACUGGUCUAAGGUAUAUACUGUAUAAUUACCCAGUCAUUUCUGCCAUAAUUGGCAUAACCAGCAACUUUGUCUUCAUGAGUGUCCUAGUGUUGCUCAGCUAUCUGCAGUUUGCAUUUGGAAGAUCUCGUAGCAGGGCUGGCAACCGGGUACAGAGUGGCACUGAAACGGAGAGAUCUGAGACCCAAGAAGGCAGAGUUUCUCAGACAGAGCGCAGUGAGACACUAGACACAGAAACUCUUGGUCAAGAAGAAGGCUCUGGAGGAGACCCUUCAAAUGACACUGGAAUGACGGAAGAGAACGAUGACCAAGAGGAGUUUGACAUAAGUUUACCCGAAGACAUAGACCUCCCUGGAGCUGUUGGCCCAAAUGUGGACAUUCAGAAUGAGUCUCCGACUGGAUUAACACUUCGUCAGAGGAUUACUCAGUGCAGUGCACACUGAAAACCAGUACAUUUGUUUACCCCAUUUUGUUACAGACUGGUGGCAGAGCUGAUCCUGGUUAGUUAGUUAGGGCACAUUGUGUCUCCUUUGUUGUCUGGUUGCUUCUCUCAGCAUGUUCUGUUACACUGUUGUUCCACCACUGCCUCAGUGCCACAGCUUACUAGAUUGAUCUGGAACCUGUUCGAAUACAGCAGCCAUCAUGACCUGAAAGCCGCAGUGUCCCACAGGUUGAAGAUGCUGGGUGAGGUUUAGGUUAAUAGAAGAAAAUGGAAACCUUGUUCCUAACAUGGGACCUGACAGCUGAACUCUAUUUCUUGACUUCUCUGAUUUACUAUGAUGGUUAGGAAUUUCCUUAUCUGUAGUUUACACAUACAGAAUCCUCCAACUGCUUCAUUUUUCUGUUUAAGUUUCUGCAAUUCUCCUAGGAUUCUGACAUGUUCCUCUUUUCUUGUAGUAAUUCCUAUGAACCUCUUCUUACAGCUUUCUAUUCACCACUACUUUUUCUGAGCUUAUCUUGCACCAGCACACAGAAGAAUAUUGUCUUUCAUUAAGUGAUGACUCACCUAUCUUAAGAUGUACAAACCCAUACCCAGCAGCACAUUCCACACACUUAGAGGAAGUCUCCUCCUUACCUCUAUCACUGCAACUUUUCCCAAUCUGGCAGUCUUACAAACACACCUUAUGAUCUAGCAUGUAGUAGUACGCUUAGGAAUGUGUCCAGACACGACAACGGUAUACCUGAGGUUGUUUCUAGCUUUUGUCUGUUCCGACUGCAUGUACUUAUCUACACACUAGUCAUGGCCAUAAUACCAACUUAAAGGGGCACGUCUACCAAUUCUACCACUUAUCAUGAUAGAUUCCAAAUCCAUUAUUCUGACCGAUCAUGCAUGAUAAGCCAAUGGGUGUAUAUACUUGUGCUCAGUUGGAAAAAAAGAAUUGGGGCUUAGACUGGAGUUGGACUUCUAUUUACUUUUACAUACUGGUGUGUUUUUGUUCUUAGUUUUUUUUGUGUGUUUCUUAUUCAUUUCACCUGGUGAAUUGGCAAUAGAACUAGUGCAGUCAAUGCCAUUUCUUAUUGGUAGAUGUUGGCUCUUGUGGUACAACCAAGACUACUUUUUAUUCUGUAAACCGCAAAAAUCACUGAUAGGUGUGUAUAUAUAUAUAUAUAUAUAUAUAUAUAUAUAUUUAUAUACUCAUCUCAUGGGCAACAGACCCUAGUAAUACUUUUAGUGUAAUAUAUGCAAUAUAUCUGUUUAAUAUUAACACAACAAUACCAAUAGUAAUAUAUUAACUGCUCACUACAGUCACAUUAUCUAUACUACAGGUACAUAGAAAAUGAGAAGGAACAUUCCGACAUAAUACACAGACCAGAUAGAAUUGUGUUACGGGGUGGCUGCUUUAUGAAACUAAAUAAAACUGUGAAGUCCCAAUACAGUGAGCACUAGAGACUCCCGAAUAACACCAAUAAACUCUUUCAAGUCAA